AUGCAGCGCGUCAGCUCCCAUGGCGCCUCGGUCCUCACGCACCAGGCCUCGAGGGCGUCGAUACGCGUGCCGCAAUUUACCCUAGAGAAGUUCACUAGCAAAGACUUCCUCGUCAAAGACUUCAUCGAAGACCUCUCCCAGGCUGCCGUACCUGCGACACGGCGCUCUGGAAGCGCUGGCGGGCAGACGUUCGAUCCAAAGCCGCUGAUCCGGACCUUUGAACAUGCGCUGAGAAGCCUCAACAGCCUAUCCGAGGACCUGGAGGAGAAGGAGACGGAUCUUUCUGGAGCCGUGCGGCGCGCAGAGCUACAACAUAACCAGAAUGUCGAGUCCCUGGGGAGGAGGUUGGAACGCGCCAUGGACAAAUUCCAGAAGCUGGACAGCUCGCUAAAUGGAGGCGACGACGGAGGCUCAGACAUGGGCGGUAAUGUCGCCAUGCGCAUCGGAGAGCGGCUGGAAGAGCUCGACCGCCAGCGAAAAAGGGCUCUGGACGCAAAGUUCCUCAUCGAAUGCUGGCAAGAGGUCAGCGAACGAGGCGAGCUCAUGAUCCUCGAAGACCAACGGAAGAAUGGCGACAUUGUACGAUGCGCCGAGAUUGCGCGCCAGCUUCUGCGCAUCAGCACACGCCUUGAUCCAGAGGGCGGCCAACGAGUCAACGGCGAGACACAGAAUGGCCUGAAGCGGAGAACGACACAUAUGCCGAGACACAACACCAAGGAGGUGAUUGAGAAGUUCCUCGAGAACUUGGAACAGGAUCUUCUCAGCAAGUUCCAGGAAUGCUAUGCGCGUCCCAACUAUCCUGGGAUGCGUGAUUGCGCCAUUGCUCUCAAAGGCUUCAACGACGGAGCCAGUGUUAUUGGAACAUUUGUCAACCAGCAUUCUUUCUUCAUCGACCGCAUGCAGUUGAGCGGCGAGGACCUUGCUACAGAUGUGGAAACGUGGGAUCACCUUCAGGAUCCCGAUGCCGAACCUCCUGGCGUGGAGCCCACGCUGCAAUCACUGAUUGAUGAAGUCAAGAUUGUCGUUCAGGACGAAUCCGCUAUUAUCAAGCGGGCAUUCCCCUAUUACGAAGAGGUUCUUAUCAAGUUUUUGGAACGAAUCUUCCAACAGUCGAUUCAAUCGAGGCUGGAAAUGGUGCUCGACAAAGCUGGAGACCUCUCAUCACUUGCUUUCCUGCGUUCAUUGCAAGCUUCGAGGGGCUACAUUACCCAGCUCGUGGAAGACCUCAAGACACACGGGUUGACAGAGCACCCAGAGCCGGCUACAUCGGCAGUUGCUGCUACGCUUGAUCAACAACUAGAGGAGCUGUUCUCAUCAUACUUUAUCGGUGAAAAGUACAUUGAGCGGGAAAAGAAGAAUCUCGAGGAGCUCUACUCAUCACUGCUGCUCAAAUUCACCAUCUAUCACUCACGGCGCAGCAAAAUGCCCACUUCAUACUUUGGCUCGCUUGCGCAACGAGGCAAAGAAUUAGCCGCGUCUGCUCGAGACAAGUACAUGGAGCGUCUGGAAAGUACCGAGUUGCCUGCUAGCCAGAAGGCAACGCUUCUCCGCAUUGCUGGCUUGAAAGAAGAUCAGCAGGAGAAGAAGGAUAUUGAGGUUACAGACGAGGAUGGUCGAUUAUCACUAGCAGUGGCCAAGCGAAUGCUCAAGUGGCUGGCAGAAGGUGUCGGACGUGGUCUUGAGCUGUCACCGGGCAAUGAGACACCGAAAGAUGUGCAGGUAUUACUCAAUUUGCUCCUAAGACAAAUGGGCGAAAUGUAUUUGGAGACGGCACUUGAUGCUGCACAAGAUCAUGCCGCUGCUCAAGAAAACACCAAGACGCCACCAGAUCUCACACACCUCCCCUCUCUGCACACCAUUACCACGAUACUGCAUCUCCUGCAACAAACAACAACCACUAUCCUUUUGCCCCUGUGCACAGCCAAUCUCACCAUCCGCCGCGAGAUUGAGAAGUCUACCAACAUGACAAUGGCGACGCUCGAGGCGAAGCUCUCCAACAUCCUCAAUCUCACAAUAACCGCCUCAUUGAAUUGGGUCAGCAAAUGUCUUUCACAACAAAAGAAAACAGACUUCCGGCCCAAGGAGGAAGACCUCAUGGUCACGAGUGAAACUCAAGCCUGCCGCGAAGUCUCUGCAUUCCUCACGCGCGUUGCUUCUCAAGCCACCUCAGCCCUAUCCGGGCGUAACCUCUCACUCUUCCUCGCCGAGCUGGCACGUGGGCUCCGGUCCCUUGUCCUAGCACACCUGCUCAAGUUCUCCAUCUCCCAAGUCGGUGGUCUCAGCGUAUCAAAAGACAUGAACCAGUACGUUGAGCUGGUGAGAGCAUGGCCGACAGGCGACGAACUGGAGCCUGGUGCCAUGGAUGUUUUGACAGACGUUAGUACGUUGUUUAUUAUUGGGCCUGAGGCGCUGAGGGACCGUCUAAGGGCUGCUGGUGGACAGGAUGCGCAAGAACUAAAGGGAUUUAUCGCUAGGAGAGAUGAUGCUGGGAGCGUUGGGGUGCAGGGCGUACUCAGUGGGUUGUAGUGAGCGGUCUUCCACUUCACUUUGAUAGAGUCAGAGUAUCUGGCGUGACAUGCGAUUCUAGGUGGAAGCACUGUGAUGAGUGAGAAGCCUGUGCGUGAUGUUUUACUAGACAAGAGUGUGAAUAAGCAGAGUCCC